AGGUCUUAGGCUGAGCUGGAAUCCCAGCCCUGUUCCUCUCCAUGUAGCCUCUUCACCUGGACUCACUCACGUGUAAACGGCAUUAUGAAGGGCUAUCAAAUACCAGAUGAAAUACAAAGCAGCAGCUUUGAAGUCUGAGGAACGGACCUCAGCAGCCCCAACUCAACUUGGCUAAACUUAGCCUCACUGAACGAGAUCCCAGAGUCUGCACCCUGGACUUGCUACAGCUCUCUGAUCCUGGAAUAGUCUUCAUUUCCAGCUAGAAUGCUGCGUCAGACAUUUCAUACAUUUGGUCAAAAACUGGUACACAGACCUACGCUGGGGGAACCAGUGGCUGAGGAUGACCCAGAGAGAAGACUGAGCACUCUGGAUUUAGUGACCCUGGGUGUGGGCCGCACACUGGGUGUAGGUGUGUAUGUCCUGGCUUGUGAGGUGGUCAGCAAUCAAGCAGGACCAUCCUUUGUGAUUUGUGUUUUGAUUGCUGGCCUAUCUUCAAUGUUGGCUGCGCUGUGCUAUGCAGAGAUUACUGCCCGGGUUCCCCAUUCUGGCUCUGCAUAUCUCUACAGCCAUGUCACUAUAGGUGAGCUUUGGGCUUUCAUCACUGGCUGGAACCUCAUCCUCUCCCUUGUUGCUAAUGCAGUGAUUUAUUUCCAGGUAUUGUUCUUAGUUUUUGAGUCACUGCGUGUGACACUGCAAGAAUUUAUCUUACAGCAUGUUUCCCACUACCUUAGAGAAGACCAUAUAAGCUUCAUUUUUAUGUUCGCUCUGUGGUUUUUCAUGGAUUUCUUGUAUGAUUCAACUUCCCCACUUGCCAAAGUGGUCAUGUUGGUGAAAAUUUUGGUUCUCAGUUUUGUCAUCAUCACUGGCUUCAUUAAGGGGGACCUGCACAACUGGAAGCUCACAGAAGAGGACUACGUAAAGGCUGGACUCAAUGACACCUCAAGCUUGGGCCCUCUGGGCUCUGGAGGAUUUGUGCCUUUUGGCUUCGAGGGGAUUCUCCGUGGAGCAGCUACCUGUUUCUAUGCAUUUAUAGGUUUUGAGGAAAUUGUUACCAGAGUUGAGGAAGCCCAGAAGCCCCAACGUUCCAUCCCCAGGAGCAUUGUUAUUUCACUGUUCAUCCUCUUCGUGCUGUAUUUUGGUGUCUCUUUAGCACUUACCCUUAUGGUGCCUUACUACCAGCUUCAACCUGGGAGCACCUUGCCCGAGGCAUUUCUCUUUAUUGGCUGGGCUCCUGCCUACUAUAUUCUAGUGUUUGGAUUUUUCUGUAGUUUUUUGGGAAGUAUCUUUGGACGUAUUUUCCCCAUAUACCAGCUGUUACACGAGAUGGCAGAGGAUGGCCUCCUGUUCCCUGUCAUUGCCUGGAUCCUUACCAGGAACAUCAUCAUCAGAAUGAGUUUGUUUAUCUUUAUGAUCAUUGCAGUAAUCAUGACCUUCUUCUUUGGAAUCACUGAUGUUGUGGACCUCAUGUUUAUUGGGUCCCUGAUAUCUUACUCCAUGGUUGCUAUUUGUGUUCUCAUCAUCAGGUAUCAGCCUGAGAUGCAGAAUGAUGAAAAUGAAACAGAGGUGCAGGAUGAGAAUGGACCUGCAGCAGGGAGGCUGACUCUACAGGGACUACUUUUUCCAGGCAGCCCCACCCCCACUCCACUCUCUGGCCGAGUUAUCUAUGUUUGCUCCUUACUGCUUGUUAUGCUGCUCAUUCUUCUGUGCCUGGUGCUGGCCCAGUGGCCAGUCCUGCUUUCUGGAGACCCAGUGUGGAUUUCAGUGGUUGUGCUGCUCCUGGUGCUCAUCACUGGGGUCACUGGGGUCAUCUGGAGACAGCCUCAGAGCUCCAGUUCCCUUCACUCUAAGGUCUCUGCUCUGCCUCUCCUCCCAGUACUGAGCAUCUUCAUGAAUGUUUACCUUAUGAUGCAGGUGUCAGCUGCCACCUGGAUAGUAUUUGGUGUCUGGAUACUGAUUGGGUUUGCUAUCUACUUCAGCUAUGGGUUCCGGUAUAGCCUGAUCUCUAACCGCACUUAAGCUAGGGCCAAAGCUGUAAACUUUGAACUCAGUAGUUCUAGUACCUAUUAUUACUUUUAUUUUUUACUUAUCUACUUUUGAAUUGUGCCUGUAGCGGCACACUGGCUUUUAAAAAUAUUAAAAAUGGGGUUCCUUGAUGGCUCAGUUGGUUAAGCAUCGGACUUCAGCUCAGUUCA